AUGUCUCAGAGAGAUUCCUGGGUAUUUUCGUGCCCAAAACACGACGAUUGCGGCAGCGGACGCGGCAACUGCGACGAGAACUCCAUCUGCACCAACUCAGUCCAGGGGCACAGCUGCACGUGCAAGCCCGGAUAUGUCGGGAACGGCACCGUCUGUCAAUCUUUCUGCAAAGAAGGAUGCCGAUACGGCGGAACCUGCGUGGCCCCCAACAAGUGUGCCUGUCCUCCUGGAUUCACCGGAGCCCACUGCGAGAAAGAUAUUGAUGAAUGUGCUGAGGGCAUCAUAGAGUGUCACAACCAUUCCCGCUGUGCUAACCUCCCGGGGUGGUACCACUGUGAGUGCAGAAGCGGUUUCCAUGACAACGGGACCUACUCCAUAUCUGGGGAGUCCUGUGUUGACAUCGAUGAAUGCGCAUUAAGGACGCACACCUGCUGGAACGAUUCGGCCUGCGUGAACCUUGAAGGCGGCUUUGACUGUCUCUGCCAGUCGGGACCGUCCUGCACCGGCGAUUGCCCUCACAAUGACGGGCUUAAGCGUAAUGGCCAAGUCUGGACCUUGAAAGAGGACCGCUGCUCCGUGUGCUCCUGCAAGGACGGGAGGAUUUUCUGCCGAAGGACAGCUUGCGACUGCCAAAACCCGAGCGUCGACCUGUUUUGCUGCCCGGAGUGCGACACCAGGGUGACCAGCCAAUGUUUGGAUCAAAACGGGCACAAAGUCUAUCACAGCGGUGACAACUGGACGUACAGCUGCCAACAGUGCCGUUGCCUGGCUGGAGAGGUGGACUGCUGGCCUUUAAGCUGCCCAACCCUGAGCUGCGAGUACACGGCAAUGUCAGACGGCGAAUGCUGCCCGCACUGCGUGGACGACCCCUGCGCAGCAGAUAACAUCACUUACGACAUUCAGAAAACCUGCCAGGACAGGCAGGGGGUCACACGGCUCAGUGGAUCUGUAUGGACGAUGUCUGGGACGCCAUGUACAACCUGCAUAUGCAAGAACGGAAGCACCUGCUGUUCAGUGGACCUAGAAUGCCUUCACAAUAACUAAAAAAA